AUCUCUGUAAAUCUGUGUAUACAUUUGGUAGAAAGUAUGUGGGAUGUAAACAAUUAUUUAGAUUUUUCUGUAUCAUCUCGUCUAAUUCAAAAACAUCGAUUGAUUCGAAAAGGACUUGUGGAAUAAUGAGAAAAUUUGGAUGCAGUGGACUAUCACAUUCUCAUGUGCGGUUUGGUGCAAAUAAACAAACUGAUGAAGAAAUAUUGACUUACUUAGAAAAAGAAAUUAAAGAAGAGGCAGACGGAGAUGCACUUAGUGAUAAAUUUUAUUUCACUGAAUGGAAACUUGCAAAGGCGGAGUCAGAAAUCACAAUGACCAAGAAACUCCAAUCAGAAACCAUCACAGUAAUAUUUAAUGUGAAUGAUUCUUUAGAAGACAAUUAUGACGAAUAUGAGAAUGUUGAUCUAGAUGGUCCUCCAAUGUCUUCACGGCCGUCAUUCGUGGUGGAGAUAGCAAAACCAAGUGGGAUAAAAAUGAUGAUCAGCUGUGAAUGUGUAUCUGACCAAGAGUCUCUUGACAGUUUUGAUAAAAAUAGUACUAAUGCUGAUCAGAUCGAGAUCACAAGUGUUCAGGUGUACAAAGGUGAACGUUUGCCCACAAACUUUGUUUGUCAAAAAUUUGAUGAAAUGCUAUAUGAAAAACUGUUAAAUGUUCUAGAAGAAAGGAAUAUUAAUAAUCAGUUUGUCAGCGAAUUGAUUUCUUAUAGCACAGUUUAUGAACACCAGCUAUAUGUUGAUUUCCUUAAGAAAAUGAAAAGACAUUUAAGUGAAAAAUAAUAAUUUAAAAUAUAUGUAAUUAUCGAUAAUUUGUAAAUGUAGUUUAGUCUAGAUGUAACCAAUUUCAAAUGGUGGAAGACAUAUUUUUUAUUUCAUAUGAGACAAAGUAUUCAAUUACCGUUCAAGGGUAUACAUUACAAAUAAUAUGUUUGACAGUACAACUGUUUGGACAAGCGAGAGGAUUGUAGACAGAGUUCACUGCAAAAAAAAAAAAAAUGUGCACAGUCCGAAUUUUCUCUCUGCUAAGGCAUUGCUUUAAAAUGUGUAGUGGGUGUAGAUUAUAGGGCUGGGACAAUACAACUAUUAAUCUCUAUCGAUUGUAUCACAAUAUUUUAGUCAUGAUAUGAUAUGUAUCACAAUAUUUUGAAUUUGUUAUACAAUAUUCUUUUUGUAUUGAAAUGAACCAAAAAAGAAUAUAUUCAUAUAG